GCAUUAAAAAACAAAUUGAGAGAGAGAGAGAGAGAGAAAGACUUGGGACGAAGAACAAGAAGCUGCAGCUGCGAAGACUUAAUUAAUUACGAUUUGAUCCUCUCUUCUUCUUCUUCUCCACUUUCACAAAGGGAAAACAAAAAUAAAAAAGAAAAUUUCAUUUUCUUCCAUUAGUGUUAGUAAAUAUUUUUUGGUUUUCCCUUGAUUAUUCGAUAAUUCAAUAGUCACCCUUAAAUUUUGUUUCUCUUUUUUACCCACAUCCUCCGAUUUCCUUUAUCUUUUGGCAAUUUCCUCUGUUAGAUCUAAGAAAUUUUCGUUUCCGAAAUCACCACCAUUCACUCGCCUGGCCGAUCAGAUCCACAGCCGCUUAUUUCAAAUCUAUGGAUGAGUUUCAUGGUCUCUUGGCCGGGGACUUUGGCGUCAAACCCCAGGGUAAAUCCGCCCCCAUGGCUCCCUCCCGUAAUACCAACACCAACAGUAACAAUUUCUCCUCUGUCAAUUACGGUCUCGGAUCCGGUGCUUCUUCUCACUCCCGAUCGUCUUACUCCUCAAACAAAUCUGCUCCUGUUUUUGAUGAUUACGAUCACGAUCACAGCCCCAGUGAUGGUCUCUUGUUCAACGAUGUCUUUGGUGGCUCGCCUAUGUAUACGGAAUCGCGUGGCGGCGGUACUGGUGGAGGAAAUAAGUCUUCUUCUUCUUCUGCAUUUGAUUAUGAUUCCAUUUUCAAGGACCAGAAUGCGAAAUACGGGUCUAUUCCUGUUUUUGAUAAGCCAGUUUAUGAUGAUGAUAUUUUCGAUGGAUUGCCAGGCCUCAAGAGUUCGUCGGUGGGUUCGCAACCGGCUAAGUUUGAUGAUAUGUUUGCUUCGAUCGGCACUGCUUCUUCCCCCAAUCGUAGGGCGCAAAACAACAGCUCGCCAUUUGAUGAUCUGUUGGGGAAUUUAGGUAAAAAAGGGACUGAAUCCAGGAGAGAGACUGCCAAAGCGGACAAGGAUUCAGUUGCUUUUGAUGAUUUGCUUCCUGGUUUUGGUCGCAGUAGCACCCCUAGUAUUCCCAGGUCAACUUCAGAGUCUAGUCGGUCCCAGAAACAAUCUGCAGAUUCGACCAGGACUGCCUCCAGUAUGAUGGAAGACCCUUUUGUAGUUUUAGAGUCAGCUUCAACCCCUGCAGCUUCAUCGUCUGGGUUGUAUGUAGACCCAUUGGAAGAAAUUAGUAAAUUCAGUACCUCUGGAAGCACAAAGUUUGACAAUUCAUCUGUUAAUACAGGAAUGUUUGAUGAUAUGGACUCCUUUGAUAAUCUUGGAAGGAGAGGAAAAGAUGGGAGCCCGUUAAGAACUGGACCGAGCAUGGGUGGCACUUAUUCAGCUGCUAGUAAGGAGCCAGUUGACAAAUAUCCUGUGGAUGAAGCUGAAAGCCAGUCAAAGAAGAAGAUGCCCAAUGAUGAUUUCCAGGAAUCGCAUGAAACCUUGUUUGAUAUGCCUCCUGUUGGUCAGGAUGUCUCAUCUCCUUCAUAUGUGAAUACGAGUUCUAAUGAGGCAAAUUCAUCUCGAAGAUCUGAAGAUAUUUCUGAAUCACUUGAUGAUGUGUGGCUUACUGUGUCUGAAGUUCCUCUUUUUACUCAACCCACAAGUGCUCCACCCCCUUCAAGACCCCCACGGCCUAGACCACCUCGGAUUUCAAAGUCAGAGAGAGGUUCUUUUUCUUCAGCAUACUCGAGAAAGAAGGUUAAUGAAAAUUCCACUACAUACCCCCGUGCAGCAGGGAGCUCAGUGGCAUCUCAAAUAGAUGAACUUGAAGAUUUUGCAAUGGGUAGAACCCAGAGCAAUUUUAGUGAACAUGCUGAUGCUCUUUAUGGAGAAGAUGUUGAUGCAAAUGCAUCUUCUGCUGUGAAGGAGGCCAUGGAUAAAGCAGAAGCCAAAAUCAGGCAAAUGAGAGAAAGGGAGUAUCUUAAGGCUGCUAGAAGUAGAGAAACUGGUCAACUAGAUAAAGAUGUGCAAGAAGCUCAACAGAGAGAAUUAAAAGAAAGGCAAGAAAGAUUGGAACGUGAGAGGCAACAAAGGGAAAGGGAGGAGGAAGAGAGAGAACAGAGGAGACUUGAGAAAGAGAGGGAAAGAGAGGAGAAAGAAAGAGAACAGAGGAGGCUUGAGAGAGAGAGUGAGCGAGCAAGGGAGAUAGAGAGAGAAAGGGAAAAGGCCAGACAGGCAGUAGAGAGGGCUACCAGAGAGGCGCGAGAAAGAGCAGCUGCUGAAGCACGCCUAAAAGCUGAAAGAGCUGCUGUGGAAAAGGCAGCUGCUGAAGCUCGAGGGAGAGCAGAAAGGGCUGCAGUUCAGAGAGCACACGCUGAAGCCCGUGAAAGGGCAGCAGCAGAGGCGAGAGAAAGAGCAGAAAAGGCUGCUGCAGAAGCACGAGAAAGGGCAAGUGCUGAAGCAAGAGAGAGAGCUGCAGUUGCAAGGGCUGAAGCUGAUGCUAGACAGAGGGCUGAACGAGCUGCUGUUGAAAGGGCUGCAGCGGAGGCUCGUGAAAGGGCUGCUGCAGAAGCUCGAGAAAGGGCAGCUGCUGCAACUAGAGCAAAUCAACAGAGGGAUGAUAAUGACCUUGAAUCAUUCUUCAGUUCUCGAGCAAGCAGUGCACCGAGGCCUAGGGCUAGCUCUACGGAUCCUUUCCUUGACUCCCAGAAUAAGGGAGGGUCUGAAGCUGCCAGAAGGACAUCUGUUGGAGCUACAUCUAGUAUGAAGAAAGCAUCUUCAACUGCAAACCUUGUCGAUGAUCUAUCUUCAAUUUUUGGAGCUACUGGAACAUCUGGAGACUUCCAAGAGGUUGAAGGGGAAACUGAAGAGAGGCGAAGAGCUAGGUUGGAACGUCAUCAAAGGACUCAGGAGCGCGCGGCAAAAGCACUGGCUGAGAAGAACCAACGUGACCUUCAAGCUCAGAGGGAACAAGCAGAGAGACAUCGGAUUGCUGAAACACUUGAUGUUGAGAUCAAGCGUUGGGCUGCAGGGAAAGAGGGGAAUCUACGGGCUUUGCUGUCAACACUGCAAUAUGUGCUAUGGCCUGAAUGCGGUUGGCAGCCUGUUUCGUUGACUGAUUUGAUUACUGCAGCUGCUGUUAAGAAAGUUUAUAGGAAGGCAACUUUAUGCAUCCAUCCUGAUAAAGUCCAACAAAAAGGUGCCAAUCUUCAACAAAAGUAUAUUGCUGAGAAGGUGUUUGACUUGCUGAAGGAAGCAUGGAACAAGUUCAAUUCUGAGGAGCUAUUUUGAAUUCCAGUGGUGAUAUUUGGCUCCAAACUACUUUAAUUUUGCAAUUACACUGUUCAUUGGGAGUGGCAAUGGGCAACUGCUGCAGCAGAUGUGUUUCUUGUAUCUGCUGUAGUUCACAAUCAAAUCACCGAUAAAAGCACAAACAGGGCACUUAUCGUUUGUAGCUAUUGAGAUGCCAGAAGGUUGAAGUAGUCUCUCAUAAUUCAGGGGGGCUGUAAAGGUGAUGUUCAUCCAGCACAUGCACCUGAGAGCUGGUAUUGCUUCUCCAUGUAGAGUAUCGUUCUGCAUACCCCAUUUGCAUUAGAUUUUUUGGGUUGGGGAGGAGGGGGAGGGAUCUUUUUUGUUAAUUCUUUUCUAUAGUGUUAUAUAUUAUUAUUAUUAUUAUUAUUAUUAUUAUUAUUUUCUCUUGUUGGUUUCACUUUUGGUAGUAGGGCAUGAUAUAUUUGAGAGGAUACAAAUAUGUUAAUUGAUAUCAAAAUGACUUCAUUUGGCUUUGUAUGAUUGUUGGGCUGUUAACUCUGAGCUGUAACGUUUCACACAUAAAUAUAUUUAUAUAUAUUUUUUUGAA